CGUUCUCUGUCUCUGGCGAUAAUGGCUCCGAAGCGUCUCAAAGAAGACCCACCACCCGCCACUGCUUCUUCUGGGGAAGAAGAAGAGGAAGAGUCCGAGAACGAAGCCGUUUCAGAAGAAGAAGAAGAAGAAGAAAAAGAAAAAUCUGAGAAUGAAGAAGAAGAAGAAGACGAUGAUGGCGAAGAGGAGGAAGACGAAGAAGAAGAAAAAUCCCCUGUGGGAAAGCCUACUGUAACCCCGUCCAAACACCAACCGUUAUCCGGGUCUGAAACCGAGUCCGGGUCCGGGACGGACUCCGAGUCCGGCUCCGACCCCAAGUCCCCGCCUUCCCCGUCCGGCUCCGCCUUCACCAUCAAGCCGAUAGCGUCCAAGCCCAUGGCCAACGGUCCACUCAAACCCACAAAGGCCAACAACAACACUCCGAUAACUGUUUCCGGGUCGUCGAAACGCGCGGCAGAGUCCGAUCCGGAUAAGGCAAAGGACUCGAAGAAGAGAAAGGUAAUAUCAUCCUCGUCAACAACAGCAACCAACGGCGACGAUGAGGACCCGAAGAAGGUAUCCGGACCCGGAACUGGGGGAAUCCCACGGCUGUGGGGCGAGGAGGACGAGCUGGCGGUGCUAAAGGGCAUGAUCGAAUACGGGUCGAAGACAGGGUCCGACCCGUAUUCCGACAUGGGCGUGUUCCACGAGUUCAUCAAGAAGAGCCUCCGCGUCGAGGUUUCCAAGUCCCAGUUGAUGGACAAGAUUCGGCGGAUGAAGAAGAAGUACCAGACCAACUUUGACAAGUUCGGCCAUGACAUGGUCUUCUCCAAGCCCCACGAGCGCAAGUCCUUCGAGCUCUCCAAGAAGAUUUGGGGCAGUCAGACCACUCCAAAGCCCAAAACUAAUCCUAAGGCGGUGGCAGUGGCAUUGCCGAGCCAAGAGGUGGUGGUGAAUGGGGGAGGAGUGGAGGCGUUUUGGGAGGGUUAUCCCAGUUUGAGGGCGGCAUUGGAGACGACGGCGGAGAUGGGGUUUCCGGGUUUGUCGGGUUUGGGGACGGAGACGAGGUUUGUGAGGGAGUUGAUGGCGAGUAUUGGGAGUGAGAAGCUGAAGGAAAUGGAGGACAAGUGCAAGGAGGUGAGGAUGGCUCAGCUGGAGGUGUAUGUGAAGAGGACGGAAUUGGUUCAAGAGCUAGGGGAGGUCGUUUUGGAGGCAAUGAAAAGGAGGUAAUCUGUGGUUUUUGGUUUUAUGUUUGGUUUAUUUUGACGGAAAACUGGUUUUGUUUGAAACCCUUUGCGUCGAAUUCAUAUGGGUUUCGAAAUUUUGGUUUAGAUGAUGUUAAUACAUUGAAAUAUAAGUUUUUGUUACGUGGGAUUAUUUCAUAUGAGUGGUUUUAUUGU